AUGAGUCCAUCGGUACCCAAGGGCAAACCAUCGAAAGACUACGCCGGUGCAGCGGACCAUGGCCAUUGCAGCGACGGCGCCGACUCGAGUGUGCCCGCGCAGCGAGAGCCGGCCACGGGACCCAUCAAAGCCAAACCGGGACGCAGCCGAGCCGCUUGUUCGGCCUGUCGUGCCAACAAACAAGUGAGUCACCAUUCGGACAGUACGACACGUCUGGGACUCGAGGCGUCCUCAGUCGCAACGUACGUAAGCACUCGACGGCCCAACUCCCCGCGCCGCCCGGUGAGCGUCGAAGCAUGCGCUCAGAUUUUUGCCUCAGGCGACGAGCAUGGCUCGACCAGAACUCUCAUUCGAAUUCCAAAGGCUGUUCCUGAUCCAGGAAGUGCUAACAUCAUAUCUUGCCUCGAAUUGUUCGCCUUGUAACCUCGGGCACUUCCGAUCAGAAAUGUGACGGCGCGAUUCGGCACCCCUGUCGGCGAUGUGAACUGUACAACCUAGAGUGCGAUGCCCCAUUGACGGCGGCGAACUCAUCGAACGGCACACCCAAUCACAAGCCAGCGGCAUCUAUCACCCUACCUAGCUUGAGCCCGUACGCAGGUCGUCCUGCAGUCCCUUCGCUCAAGUUGCCUCCGACCUCCGUGGCUUCCGCCAGUCUCAAUGAGGCGAACGGCAUAGACUCGAGCGCACUCGCGUCCACGUGAGUUGCUCGGAUAGGCUUAUGACUGUUUUUGCACUCGCUUACACAUCCUUGCUUCUUUUUCGCUCUGGACCCCGGAAACAGUCUUCGCGAUAUCCAGGAUCGACUGCGUCAAAUCGAGCGUGGCCUCGAGGUCGACCGUCGUGCUCGAAACAGCGCCGCUCCGAGCUCGUCAACCGCACCCGGGAGCGCACAACGUGCUACGAGCACCGUCUCAAGCUCACUCUCCCGACUGCUGGACGUCGAACCGCCCCCAGAGUCGAUGCCGCUCCACAUCCUGCUCCAAACGGUCGACAAAAUCGAAGCGCUCUCCAGUACCGAGGCAUCAAUCAACGAAUGGGUGACGGGCGAAGAGAAGAUGGUCCAAGACACGCCCAGCACGAACAAACCCGAUGCGAUUGCGAGAGGUUUGAUCUCGGUCGAGGACGCGGACGCAGCAUUUGCCUUCUUCCACGACAGAAUCGCACCGUGGAUCCCGAUUUUCGGAGAUGACGCCGAUCGGUCUGCACUCGGCGUUCAGAGCCGAUCCCCGUUUUUCUUCCACGUCGUGCUCUGCGUCACCAACUACUACAAUCAAGCAACCUCGGAGCGAGCGCGAGAAGUGUUUCGCGGCUUGACCGAACUCGUGAACUUGAUCUUAGCUCAUCAGAUUCUGGCUGCGGACCCCAACUUGAUCGGCACCGACUUUAUCCGCGGUCUACUGCUUAUUAUCUAUUACAAACCAGUAAGUUGCUGCCAGCGCUGGCUUGACAAGUGUCGCCCGCAGACCAACGCGCUGACAUGGACUCCUGAACCCGCUCUCCAGGUCCAGCACAUUGCGUAUGCUUCUCGAGGGAUCACGGAUGUCGGCCGAGCCACACAUUCCUCUAAGGUCAAUCACUGGUCGUCGAUCAUGAUCCACGGCAUCAUUCACCGCACAGCCGAAGCGAUCGGUCUGCCCAGGGCUCCUCAAGCCUUCCUCGCCGCCCUGGAUGCCUCGAGAGUACCCGGAGCGCCUCCUAUCGACAACGAAGUGUUGUGCAGACUGCGAACACAUUACGCGCUGUGUAUUGCGGACGUUCAUGGCUCGUUGCAGUCCGGAAGGGUUGCCGCCACCGAUCCGACCGCAGCCCUCGAGACGACGCGAGCAUUUGCUUCAUUGCUUUCGAGCCCGAUGGAUGCAAGGAUGGCGGCUCAACUCGAGCUAUACGCCAUCGUGCGUACCCCGCGGGGCCAGCAUCCUUUCAAGCUGCGUCUCGCUCAGCUCGGCCGCAUCAACGACGAACUCGACAGCUGGGAAAGCUACUGGCGGCCCAUCUUGACGCCUCUACAGAACGGGGGUGAUAUGUUGGCGUAUACGCUGUUCCAAGGAGCGGCCAACUUUGUGACGUUCAUCGCCAACUCGGCGACGUUCACACGGUGGACGAUCGAGAGGCAGAGAUCUCUCGAUAGUGGUGGGAACGGACGUCCUGUGCUCACGACGAGUGAUUGGGCUCGUAAGUGGACAUCGUACACCGUGUAUGAAUACGAGGCUAGUAGCUGAAUAACCUUUUACGCCCUUGAAGACCUCCAACGGGCAACCGAUUCUGCGAUGAAGACCAUCUUUGCUUUGUCGGUCGAGUCGAAAGCGAGUGGGGACCCUCUGCGAACGUGCCGAUGGGCCGACUCGGUCAAUGGCGUGCGAAAACCUCUCACACUCGACCUGGUGACCGUGGAAGAUUAUAGGACCGCACUUGAUACGUCGACGUGCAUUGUGAGUCAAGAUGGAAAUCUUUUCAUAGCGGUUGUGAUGGGCUGACGAAGGUUCGCGCUCGUUCACCACCCACCCACGUGCAGUCAUUCGUCUACUCGCUGAUUUUGCUGGUCAGAAUGGCGAGCGCGGGCCUCAUCUCAAGCAACCUUGUGUGCCGCCGGUCCGACUAUGAAGCGGGCGCGGAUCUCGACACUCCGAAACCGCUGAUCAGUGGGGAUAAGCUGCCUAUCCUGCUCGAGCUCGGCGCCAACUUCCUCCGAGCGAUCUCACCGAACCCGCAACAUCCUGCUCGAAAGCAUGCUAUCUUGCUUCAUAUGAUCCUCAAGACUGGCCUGGGCGAGAACUCGUUGGCAGGAACGACGACGAAAUCUCCCGCGUCGACGACCUCGCCGGCUUCGACAGCCUCGAUGAACGUGGCGGCGGCAGCUUCUCGGUCGGCCGCCCCAGCUCGCACCGUGCCUCCUGUUGCAAAAGCGGAGAUCAAGACUAACCCCGACAGCCUGCUUUCAACGACCAUGGCGACCGUGCAGGAUGAUGCGCCCAGUCUCGAUGCUUGGCUGUUCGAUCUCACAGCGCCGAACUUGCCUGUCUCGGGUGGGGCGUUGUUGAUCCCGACCGCUCCGGGCGAUGCGACGCAAGAACCGGGCGAGGCGCUUCGGUCGAUCUUGACCGAGGUGAACCCGAGCUUUUUCGGGAUGGGUGCCAUUUGUAAGUUACGACUCGGGAUCAAGGUCUUUAGCCGUCUUUCGGGAGACGUCUGACUUGGUGGAUCGUGCUUUUACAGAUUCGGAUGAACUGGACCAAUUCGCUUCUAUGGAUUGGGGUUCGCUUUGAGUUUGCGUAAAGGGCUUUAUGUCAGGCCAGAGAGCGACGAUAUUGUUUGUGCUCAUUUUCGAAUGUUGUAAACUGAUGUAACGUGUUGAGUACUUCUUUGUUCAAGAUCGCAGUGGCCAAGAGUUUGUCGAGAGUUUGGCCGAAAUUUGCGGUCGCCGGGCGGAGUGGGCACGCGAGCACCCGCGCCUUUGCUGGGCGUCGCUCUCAUUCUCGCCGCUCACGCGCUUACGCGCUCACGACGGGAUCGAGGAGCAUCGAUCAUGGCCGAUCCUUCCCCGAUUGACUUUCCAGGUGGGUAGGAGACGACUGUUGAGCAUGCCUUCUACCCUAACUGAUUCUAAAAUAUGCUGUGUUGCCGCCUUGACUCUUGCGUGAUCGUUCUCGGCCGGGGUCGAGCUCUCAGUGCUCAAGAUCAUCAACGAGGCUCGCUCGACCUAUGGCCUUCGUCACCAGGACUUUGAUCGAUACCAGUUGAGUUCCCAAACAAGAGCAAACGAAAGUACGAGCUCAGCUGAGGCAUCAUCGAUCUCUGCAGAUCGCACUGCUCGAUCAAGGUCCAUCACCUGCGCAGGAAACUCGGCUUGACUCAGGUCGCGGGUAGGCAGAAGAAGUACACCAAGAAAGAUGUGACGUCCGAGAUCAUCACCGGGUCAAAGUAAAUACAUGAUUGACGACGGUGCACCCAACGACGCUCUGGCAAGCUCACGAAGCUGACCACCGUUCCUCGCCCCACUUUCCAGACACCUCCAACUCGUGCUCUUUGACGCCGAGCGAGCGUGGGCGCAGUCGCAACACAUCCAAUCCGCCUUGUCACAAUCGACCAAUCCGGCCACGACCAAGCACCACCUCCUCAAACGACUGUCGCGUUCGAUCCUCCGCGCCGCGCACCUCGUCUCCCUCGUCGAGUCGCUCGCCUCACGCAUCUCGCCCAGCCAACGAGCCCAGACGAGCGCUUACCGUCUCGUGCUCCAAGGUCAACUCGCCUUCACCAAGCAGAGUCUCUCGCAGGGGCUGGACACGCUUUCCGUCGCUUGGGCCCUUUUGAACGACGUGGCCAACAACGCCCCGACGGCGACCGACGAGGCCUUGACGAACGAGAUGAUCGACGAUGUCGAACCCAUGUUGAGGUUCUGCGCCUACUCGCUCCAACUCGACACGAGCAAAGGCGUCGCACCCAUCGCCCAAAAUACGGCGACGGAUCAACUCAAAACUCGUUUCGUGCCCGGGUACGCUGAUUUGAUCGAGCAGGUCAAGAAGGAGGCCGGUCAGUCGGAGAGGGAAAAGGUCGACUUGAGCUGGAGGGGGAAUCAGAUCGAAUGCAGGAGCCCCGAGUUGGUCGAGGUGAUGCUCAAGGUUCAAUCUGCGAUCAAAACCCUGCAGGACGAUUCAGUCAAGCGAUCCAAAAGGAAACAGAAGAAGAAGGCAGCUGGGGAAGCAACGUCGUCGGAGGUGAACGGAGUCAAGAAGGAUGCGAUCGGCGCGAGGAGGAUAAGCACAUUCGACAAGGCCUUAUUAGUCAUGAGUGAUGCUGAAGGGAUCGCCAGGCAGGCCGUAGAGGACAACAAGGUCGGUGCGGGGUGAUAACUUGGUCUCGGGAGGAGAAUCCUGACGAGCCUUCUUGUCGUUCCUGUGCAGAUCGCACUCUCCAAAUCGCACUCAUCUCGAUUCGAGGCUUCCUCGUCGCCACUUCAGCUCGCGCACUCCUACAUCGUCUACCAGCUCCUCUCAGUUCGCACUCUACGUGAUGUACUGCUCAUCAAAGAGAGCUCUUCGAAGCUCGCCGCGCGCGAGACCAAGAUGCACCGAAAGGAGCAAGAUUUCAUCGAACGCACGAAUGGGCGCAACGUACACAAGGCUGAUCAGAAGAUCUGCAAACGAAGGAAGAAGGUCUAUCCAAGUCUGAUCAAGAUCUACGAUGGUAUCAUCUACAGUCUCGAGCAGGUCAGGGACCUCGAAGAUGUCGAGCGAGAUGGGCAGCUCGCGACCAAGGUUGAGGCUCAGAUCGCGUUCGUGCGAGCUUCUAGGUACGUUCAGGUGAUCAGUCGUUUAGCGUGUCAGGGAACUGACAUGAAUCUUCGGUGUACAGGUGCUUGUACUUGUCUCGGACGUACGCAUUGAUCAACGAGUUCGCAUCGGCGUUGGCGCUCAACGCUAGAGCCAAACUUUACGCACGACAAGCGCGCUCGACGCUGUCGACGCUGGACGACGAGGACAUGGACCACGUCGACGAGAUCGACUUCCUCGCCGAGUCGUUGCCCCUGCGCGAGUCACACUUUUCGGCACUUGACGCAUCGCUCAAUCAGGACUAUGAUCGCUUCGCCAAGGAUUGGUUCAAUGCGACGGGAGGGAGGAUUCAUGAACCCCAGGACCUCCCCGUAGGGGCGAUGUCACUCGAGGCUUCGAGCGGUGCUGCCUCGAAGGCAUUGAAGAAGAGGAGGACUUCAAGGAAGAAGAAGGUGCCGUUCUACGAUAUCGCGUUCAGCUACGUCACUGCGUACGAUAUGGACGAGAUUGCGCGACGGGCUGGAUUGCUCGGACCUGUUGAGGAGAGAGUGACGAGUCCCGCUGCCGACGCGAUGGAUCAAGAUGAGGCGGAAGAGGCGGAAGAGGCGGAAGAGGAAGAGGAGAUGGAGGCGGAAGAAGAAGAGAAACCCGUCGUGGCUAAAAAGAGUGGAUGGGGUUUCGGGAGCCUAUUUGGGCGAAGGUGA